AUGGCGUCUAGAAGCCUCAUCCCAUUUCUCGUAGCCAUGAUGCUGCUCACAGGUGUUUGCAACACCUUGUUGACCAAGUAUCAGGACAACCAAUGCGUUCGAAACUGUGGCCCCGAUGACAAUCCAAGGAAGCGCGCUUUCUUCAACCAGCCGGUUCUCCAAACCGCCCAGAUGUUCAUCGGCGAGAUGGGCUGCUGGCUGGUUGUUGGCCUCAUGGCUCUCUGGCGACGGUUCAAGGGUUCUGCACCAGAAGACCAAGGCUAUCAAGCUGUUGAUACCGAGGAAAAUGGCGAUGCUGAAGCUGCGCCCCAAGCUGAUGAUCGCACUAAGCUCCUUCACACUGGCCCAUCCAUCUUGAGGGGAUACCGAGUCACCUUGCUUGCUCUGCCCGCUAUUUGCGACAUCUGCGGUACCACGCUCAUGAACGCUGGACUUCUCAUGGUUGCUGCAUCCAUCUACCAAAUGACACGAGGUGCUCUCGUCUUGUUCGUCGGCCUCUUCAGCGUCGUCUUCCUCAAGCGACACUUGCAUCUCUUCCAGUGGCUUUCCCUCGUCGGUGUCGUUCUGGGUGUCGCAGUCGUUGGUUUGGCGGGAGCUAUUUGGCCAGAUGAGAAGCCUGAGAACUCUAUUGGACAGCCCGAGGAGGACUCGGCUACUGACGGAGGUCUUUCCGACGCUGCCAGAGCCAUUGUGGGUGUUUUGCUUAUCGCUGGUGCCCAGAUCUUUACAGCCACUCAGUUCGUCCUCGAGGAAUAUCUCCUGGAGAGAUCUGCAAUUGACCCCAUCAGAGUGGUCGGCUGGGAGGGCAUCUUCGGUUUCAGUGUUACCCUCCUUGCUAUGCUUGUUCUGCAUGCCACUAUCGGCUCCACUGAAGCUGGCAAAUAUGGAUAUUUCGACAUUGUCGAGGGCUGGCGCCAGAUGACCGAGAACAAGCAGGUCCUCAUUUCUAGUUUUCUCAUCAUGAUCAGCAUUGGUGGCUUCAACUUCUUUGGCUUAUCCGUCACACGAAGCGUCAGUGCUACUUCUCGAUCUACCAUUGACACUUGCAGAACCCUGUUCAUCUGGAUCGUCUCCCUUGGCUUGGGCUGGGAGACUUUCAAGUGGCUCCAAAUUGUCGGUUUCGCCCUGCUUGUUUACUUCACCUUCUUGUUCAACGGUAUCGUUCAGCCUCCUUUGGAGUUCCUCAGAGUCCCAGAUGAAGAGGUCGAGGAGCUCUUGCCCGAGGAGCCCAUUGAGCACCGUUAA